AUGAUAACUAAUUGUAUUAUUCAUAGCUUAGUACUAAUAUUAACAUUUCAAGUGAUUUGUGUUGUCUUAGUAGACUUUGAUUCACAAAUAUGUGAAUCAUUACCUAAAUUCAAUGACACUGUUAGACAACAAAUAGCUGAUAUCUCCGGUGAUAUACAAAAAAUAAUUGAUUUUGUAGUCAAUGGCACAGACAGUGGUGUCACAUAUAAUGAAUUGGCAAAGUUUGUCGAUCAGUUCGGUCCCAGAUUUGUGGGCACCAAAAAUCUUGAGGACUCUAUCGACUAUAUGGUAGAUCUGUUAACGAGUGAACAACACGACAAAGUGUAUACAGAAAAUCUUACUGUUCCUGUUUGGAUUCGUGACAAGGAAUGGGCACAAAUGAUAAGUCCCAGAAUCAAACCAUUAAACAUAUUAGGUUUGGGAUACAGUGUGGGAACAAACGGAUCGGUAGUUACAGGCGAUGUAAUGAUUGUUAAGACGUUUGAUGAACUCGACCGUCGAUCCAAUGAAGCAAAUGGAAAGUUUGUUGUCUAUAAUUUUGAUUACAUGGGUUACGAACAUUCAACUAAAUAUAGAGGUCUAGGAGCCAAAUAUGCGGCACAGUAUGGAGCUAUUGGUGCUCUGAUUAAAUCAAUUACUCCGUUUUCAAUAGAGACACCACAUGCUGGUGCAGGAAAGCCAUUAAAUGACAUAAAUGUACCUAAAAUACCGGCCGUAAGUAUUACGAUAGAGGACGCGGAGCUGUUUGAAAGAUUAACGGCUAGAGGCUUAAAUGUUACGGUUAGCCUCUAUAUGGAGGCUCAUAUGGAAAAGGAUGGUCUGUCCAGGAAUACCAUUAGUGAAAUCACUGGAACAGUCAAACCAGAAGAGAUAGUUAUCAUAUCUGGACAUUUGGACUCGUGGGAUGUGGGACAGGGAGCUAUGGAUGACGGUGGUGGUGCUUUUAUCUCGUGGCGUGCACUGUCUGUCAUCAAAAAGUUAGGGCUAAGACCAAAACGAACGAUGCGAUCGGUUUUAUGGACCGGAGAAGAAAUGGGAUUUAUUGGUGUUGAGGCCUAUGUUAAGCAACAUAUAAAUGAGUUGAAUAAUAUCAGUAUAGCUAUGGAGUCGGACAGCGGGACUUUCACACCUAAAGGUAUCGGCUAUUCGGGACAAAACCCGAUGGCUCAGUGUAUCAUUAGUGAGAUACUCAAGUCAUUCAAAUCAAUCAAUGCCACCAACUUUUCGGUUAACGCCGAGGUGUCCGAUAUAUUUGUUUUACAGAAUAAAGGGGUUCCGGUGGCCGGUCUGACCAAUCAUAACGAUAAAUACUUUUACUUUCAUCACACAUCCGGCGAUACAAUGACAUUGGAGAACUCGCGUGAUCUCGACUUAUGUACAGCCGUAUGGGCGGCCACUUCGUAUGCUUUGGCCGCCAUUGAUGAUCAAUUACCCCGAUAA